UAACUAAACUGUUUAUACAGAUUGAACUACCAGAUUGUAGCUGAGGACUGAAUGAUUAGAUUGUAAUUACAGACUGAGUGACUAGAUUGUAUCUACUACCGAGUGAUUAGUUUGCACCUUCAGACUGAGUGACUAGAUUGUAUCUACUACCGAGUGAUUAGCUUGCACCUACAGAACGAGUGCCUACUCUUCUGAAACUAUGGGUCAUUCAAUGAAGCUAUUCCGCCUUUAAAAUCAAGUUCUUUACAUUCCAUGUGGCCAGCAGAAUUUUAUCACAGUUGUCAAAGUUUUUCUAAUUUUAUGUAUUUGUUUAUAUUUUUGUUGAUAUGCAGUUUAACAUAGAUGUUCCAUACAAAUCUUGAAUACAGUUUGACAUAGCUGUUCCAUACAAAUCUGGUAUACAGUUUGACAUAGCUGUUCCAUACAAGUCUUGCAUACAGUUUGACAUAGCUCUUCCAAACGAGUCUUGUAUACAGUUUGACAUGGCUGUUCCAUACAAAUCUUGUAUACAGUUUGACAUAGCUGUUCCAUACAAGUCUUGCAUACAGAUUGACAUAGCUGUUCCAAACGACUCUUGUAUACAGUUUGACAUAGCUGUUCCAUACAAGUCUUCGAUUCAAGUCUUGUAUACAGUUUGACCUAGCUGUUCCAUAUAAGUCUUUACACAGUUGGACCUAGCUGUUCCAUAUAAGUCUUGUAUACAGUUUGACCUAGCUGUUCCAUAUAAGUCUUUAUACAGUUGGACCUAGCUGUUCCUUACAAGUCUUGUUCACAGAUUGACAGAGCUCUUCUACCUUACAGUCUCCAAAAUGCCGAGAUUUUUUUGCCUGGUGGCUGUAUCAGUGAUUCUCACGCAGAUCUGUGUGGAUGCUUUCCCCCGUGAUCCAAAUCAGUUCAAGGGUUACAGAUAUCAACCGGGCGGCAACAGGAGAGGGCGUGGUGGCAAUGCUCAAGGGGGCGCCAGUCGGAAUGCACAGGGUAAUCUGAACAAUUAAUGAUAAAAUUACAUUAUUUUGUUGAGUCAAAAAAGAACAUUUGUUAUUAUUUUGUUCAAACUUUGGAGACAGACAUUCGACAUAUCGAAAACAAUUUGUCUCAUUGAGUGAAAUAUAAAUACUUUGAAAUACUAACUUUGAAACUAAACCAAACAGAAGCGAUCUAUUCAAAGUAUGGCAAACUCAAAGCUGCUAAAUACAAUCUCAGAAAUGUACUGACAUUUUGUUCAAUGAAUUACAAGGUGAGACUUUGCUUGAUGUUUUUAUGCCCUAGUCCACUGUACGGUUGUAUGCCCUAGUCCACUGUACGAUUGUCUGACAUAUGCCACUGAUCUUAUGUGUGCCCUAUGCCACUGCCCGGUUGUGUGACAUAUGCCACUGUCCGGUUGUGUGCCCUAUUUCACUGUACGAUUGUUUGAGAUAUGCCACUGACCAUUUGUGUGCCCUAUGCCACUGUCUGGUUGUGUGCCCAAUUACACUGUCUGGUUGUGUGCCCUAUGCCACUGUCCUGUUGUGUGCCCAAUUACACUGUAUGGUUGUGUUCCUUAUGCCACUGUCCGGUUGUGUGCCCAAUUACACUGUCGGUUGUGUGGCCAAUGCCUCUGUCCGGUUGUGUGCCCCAUUCCACUGUCCGGUUGUGUGCCCUAUUCCACUGACCGGUUGUGUGCCCUAUGGCCAUGUCUGGUUGUGUGCCCAUUGCAUUCACAGAUGAUAUUUUUUUCAAUUAAUUCCACAUCACAAUUUUAGUCACAUUAAAAUUUAGAGCCCCCCCCCCUCCCCCUUGCAGCUCAUGAAGUGAGUAUAAAGUUGUUCCUUUCUGCACACCUUUCAUGGGAUAAUCCGUGCGGUCAACUUAACACACAAAGAAAACAUACGAUUUAUUUCAAGGAAUAUUAUGUAGCAAUGUUGUCUUUACAUUUAAAAUUCUAUCUAUAGCAUUGAUUUAAACAAUUAACACUUAUCUAGAGUAUUGAUAAUGUAAGUUACUAAAUUACAGUGUUAAAAGUGUCUGGAGACAUAGUGAAGUGUGACUUAGUUUCUGUAAGACUUUAGCCGUGUCAUCAUUCUUUGAUAUUGUUCAUGCCAGGAUGUUCAUCACAGCCAAGCAGGUCCUUCCUGAACUUUCUGGCAGUGCUCUCGGGCGACUACGGGCGCACACAGUUCAAAACUGGUGACGUGAUCCAGGACACGCCCAGCAGUCUGCUGCUCAAACCUGUUUUUAGCCCCACCCUUCAGUGGGUCGGUAAAGUCAAAUAUUUACAUAAAUAUACAUAGGCAUGUUAACAUUUCAAUUAACAAAAAACGCUACUGUACAUAACUGGUCUAUCCCAGUGCUGUGUCUAGAAAUCUUUUUAAAAAUACCCAUGCACAAUGGAUGGUUUGUACAUUAUGGAAGGUUAAUACAUAAUAAAAGGUUACACAUAAAAUAGGUUUAUACAUAACGGAAGGUUUGAAUAUAAUAAGAGGUUUAUACAUAAUGGAUAGUUUAAACACAAUAAAAGGUUUAUACAUAAUGGAAGGUUUUUACCUAAUUAAAUAUUUAUAAAUAAAGGAAGGUUUAUACAUAACGGUUACCGGAAAUUUGAUCGAAUCUUUUUUCAGUUCACACUUUAAAAUGUUCGUUAAAUUUCUUUUUGAACGCACUUUACUAUAUAGAAAAAAACAAAAUAAUGCGUUCAGAAAGAAAUUUGAAGCAAAAUUUUAAAAUAAAAACUGAAGAUAAAAAUAGAUUCGACCAAAUUUCCGUUCGAUCAAAUCACCGUCGAUCAAUUUACCGUGGACGACAUUUCUUUCGAUCUAAUUUCCGGAUACGAUACAUAACGGAUGAAAACAGGCUCGAACAGAAGUAGUCCGUUACUUUGAGUUCAUCUAAUCUAUGUUUGUGUAUGUCCCGGUGUGUAGCAAAGAACAGAAGUCUGUGCCAGUGGGUCUUCUACUCAACAUGGGCACUAUGAAACACAAUGGGUCCACAGAAGAUUCCUUGUUUGGUGGCCACGAAAAAUUUUAAUAGUAUGGGAUAUAUAUAUAUAUAUAUAUAUAUAUAUAUAUAUAUAUAAUUGUUUGAAAUGUUUCUUAACAGAAACUGGCAUACAUAUUAAUCAUUAAUUAUCCGGAAUGAAAUACUAGGAAAGAGAGGAGGGAGGGGGUGAACUUGACAAAAUGAUCCGUUUAAGACCGAUGGUCCAAAAUUUGUUUUGAUUAUUCUAAAAUGAGCUUUGUAACUAUGCUUUCAAACAUAGCUGUUACAAGGUUACAAGGACAGGUAGAUCUAGACAAAACUUAGUACAAGUACGGUACACUUAAUUUUGAUGCUACACAAAGGGCUGUAAACGUUGUUUUUUUUCUUCGAAUGCAAUCCCGGGCAACGCCGGUUUCAUGUGCUAGUAUUUAUCUAAAAGAUGUUUUAAUAUUAGUAACAGGAAAGAGUACACGGAAGGAAAUAAAUUCUUGUUAAUUUGUAACGACUACAAAAAUAAUGGUUGGUCUUUGGGGAAGCAGGUCCUCUCUGUUCCUUUGAACACAAUUUUAGGACCCCAAUUUUAGGUUGUAAAUGGCAUCGAGUAUUCUAAGUCUAAUUUAAAUAGCCCUUGAUUGUCUUCUCACCAGGCUCUGUUGGCGGAGGAAUACCUGUUAUCCGAUGUCGUUAGGCGGGGAAUUCUUUCGUCGGUUCCAGAUGCAUCCACCAACCUCAUCAAUGUUUUCCCCUUCAACUUCACCAACGUCAUUGCAAAUUUGUGAGUCAUUCUAUUUAUUGAACAGUUCAUUUUACCCACGUCAUUGCCAUUUUUUAAUUCAUUCUAUUUAUUGAACUGUUCAUUCAACGUCAUUGACUUGGUAUUUGUUACAUCGAAAUACAGUCAAGAAGAUAAAGAUAAAUUUUAACUGCAAACUGCAAAGAGUAACUUAACUUUCUCGGUCUCUAGAUGAUUGGAACAAAAUAUAACUCAAUGGAAACAAAUAUUUGAAUUCAUUUCAUAAAGUAGAAUCAUACACACGUCAUGUGUAAAAUGUGAGUUAUUGAAUGUGACAGGUCAAAUGUGAAUUAUUAAAUGUGACAGGUCAAAUGUGAGUUAUUAAAUGUGACAGGUCAAAUGUGAGUUAUUGAAUGUGACAGGUCAAAUGUGAGUUAUUAAAUGUGACAGUUCAAAUGUGAGUUAUUAAAUGUGACAGGUCAAAUGUGAGUUAUUGAAUGUGAAAGUUCAAAUGUGAGUUAUAAAAUGUGACAGGUCAAAUGUGAGUUAUUAAAUGUGACAGGUCAAAUGUGAGUUAUUGAAUGCGACAGGUCAAAUGUGAGUUAUAAAAUGUGACAGGUCAAAUGUGAGUUAUUGAAUGUGACAGUUCAAAUGUGAGUUAUUAAAUGUGACAGGUCAAAUGUGAGUUAUUAAAUGUGACAGGUCAAAUGUGAGUUAUUAAAUGCGACAGGUCAAAUGUGAGUUAUUAAAAGUGACAGGUCAAAUGUGAGUUAUUAAAUGUGACAGGUCAAAUGUGAGUUAUUGAAUUUAUAGGUAAAAUGUGAUGAAGCUUCACAUUCGGCUGAUUGUCUAUGAAUAUGUUAACAACGACAAGGAGAAGUUUUUAAUAAUUUAGUGGCCAUCUUUGAUUUAGUGGAAGCAGAGUGUUUAUUUUUGGUCCCCGAUUUUGUAAAGAUAAAUCUAACUCGUAAUCCCUCCACCUGACAGUCGAAUGGUGCACCGGACACCGGACAGUUUAAAAUCGGCUAUUGGACAACAUAUUUCAAAUCAGUGCGCUAAAUUCAUGAAUAAUGUUCUGGGAUUCAUGUUUUCGAGAAGCAAGCAUAAGAUGAACAAAUGUGUAACUACUGUCUUUUAGAGGUGGCCCCUUUGAUGAGUCCGUGCUGAGCUGCCUGCGACCCUCUGACCUGAACUACACUCACACUUGUGACAGAGUUGUCGCCCCGACAUCUGACCCUCUGGUGUUCAAGUUUACUAAAUGGCCAUUCUGCUCAACAACACACGAUGUAAGAAUUAUUUUUACCCACCUACAUACCUUCCUACAUACCCACCUACCUCAGUCAUCAGUACGCAGUCUCUAUUAAAUUAUCUUAUACCAUUUUGAGCCCUCCCAUCUACAGUGCUAACUUCCUCUCCAUAUUUCAGAAUCCUCCCAUCUACAGUGCUAACUUCCUCUCCAUAUUUCAGAAUCCUCCCAUCUACAGUGCUAACUUCCUCUCUAUAUUUCAGAACCCUCCCAUCUACAGUGCUAACUUCCUCUCUAUAUUUCAGAAUCCUCCCAUCUACAGUGCUAACUUCCUCUCCAUAUUUCAGAAUCCUCCCAUCUACAGUGCUAACUUCCUCUCUAUAUUUCAGAAUCCUCCCAUCUACAGUGCUAACUUCCUCUCCAUAUUUCAGAAUCCUCCCAUCUACAAUGCUAAUUUCCUCUCUAUAUUUCAGAAUCCUCCAAUCUACAGUGCUAUAGUCAACUGUACCCACAUUGUUGUUACCUUUCAUGACAUCAGUGUUGUGGAUACUAUACCCCAAAACCAGUUGAUUCAGUUUAUUUUGAUCAAGACGGCCAGGUGAGAUAUCAAAUGCCACCAUCACAUUAUAACUACACGUAAAACAUUUUAACAAAUGCGAAAGUCAUAAGUGCAGGCGUUCUAUUUAUUUUAGGCUCCCAGUGUUACGUAACGUGAUUAGCACCACGAGUACUAUGCAGUGACGCUGGUUGUACUGCUACUAUACUAGGGCUAUGAUUUUAUCUAUUAGUCAACACUCUAAGCUGACUAUCACCACCCUCACAUCCAACGGCACUCUCACUCACACACUUUUAAUACUAUUACUAUAUGACUAUAAGAACACAGGUGGUUCAUCCCGCGCAUAAUACAUAUUUAAUUAAAAGAAAAAUUAACUACCGGUACACACAUAUUAUUACAUAUAAUAUAAACAUUUAAAGAACAAAGAUAUAUACUGUCUAAUACUAAUUGCUAUGUACUAAGUUACGACUGGCUGGUUAUCUCUUCCUCGGUAAGCAAGUCAGGGCCAAAUCACACACACACACACUGCAGUAGUCUUGUUUGUUUAGCAUCCCCCUCUCUCUGGUCACUCGCACUGCACGUCUCUGGUCACUCGCACUGCACGUCUCUGGUCACUCGCACUGCACGUCUCUGGUCACUCGCACUGCACGUCUCUGGUCACUCGCACUGCACGUCUCUGGUCACUACUGCACGUCUCUGCUCACUCGCACUGCACGUCUCUGGUCACUCGCACUGCACGUCUCUGGUCACUCGCACUGCACGUCUCUGGUCACUCGCACUGCACGUCUCUGGUCACUCGCACUGCACGUCUCUGGUCACUCGCACCGCGACGUGAGAGGUGUAGACUCUAACACUUGAACGGUGGCGCACACACGCGGCCUGGCCGGCCGGCGGAAGUCUGGUGAUCUCCUGUAUGUAGCCCUAAUCUACACUUGAAUUCUUUAAUUAGGAUGUCAGCGUUAGUCUAGCCACUAACCGACUGACCUCAAUUUAACUCAUCUGAACUGAUCUAUGCUGGACUAGACUCAACUGUACUCGUUUAUACUAUACUGUAUACUAUACUAGCUGUCUACUAUACUGGCUAGAAAUGAGAAUAAUGAAUACAGCACAUAAGACAUAACUAAGACAUAUGAAUCACAUCACAUCAUUAUCAUACGCUAACUAACAAUACAAACAUUUCUUAAUCAAGACUACACAUGGAAAUUAAAGACAACUAACCUAGCAAAUUAGGAAUAAACAAAUUUCACCACAAUACUCUAGCUCAGUGGUUCUCAACCUUCACAAUGCCGCGACCCUUUAAUAAAGUUCCUCAUGUUGUGGCGACCCCCAGCCAAAAAAAUAUUUUUGUUGCUAUUUCAUAACUGUAUAGCAUAUGUGAUUUCAGAUGGUCUUAGGCGACCCCUAGGAGAGGGUCGUGCGACCCCCAAAGGGGUCGAGACCCACAGGUUGCGAACCGCUGCUCUAGCUAGUCAGGCUCUGCUGCCCAAUGACAGGUAAAAGCGAGAGUGGGUAGCGUCCUGCGCUCCCUUUUAUACCGUGCCUGUGGCGUCAGCGUGGGGCACGCCUUGGCCUUGACCAGAACGCUCCUUGUUUCAGCUGGGUCAUGGUCAAGGUGACAAGGUCAAUGCCCAUUGUUAGUAAUGUUAGGCCAAGCCUAAGUGUGCAAUAUCACUUGGAGUAGGGAAUGGAGAGCGUGUGACCUAGCGGGUCUCAAAAAGGUGAGAACCAGCGGUUCUCAACAGCAGGAGAAGGCUGAAUAUCUUUCCUUUGAAACAAACAAACAAUCAAAUUAAAAUGGACCAAAGUAUAUUAAUGAAUGCAAAUGUAUUGCUUCUCCGGUGUAGUGUGAGGAAAUUGAAGUAGUUUUUUGAAGGUCCUUAUUGAAAUAUCUUUUUUUUUCCUUACCAAUAAGUUCAAUAGAAAAAUAAAAUUGUAUUUGUAUUCUGCCCAUCCCACUAAAUUAAGUUUCGUCAAGAAAUAAAAUAUUUAAAAAUUAAUGAAAACACAAGUGAGAAUAGAUGAAAUAGUCAAUAAUUUUUGUUAAAACUUUUUCCCCCAGCUUCCCAUUGCUACCGUCAUGGACCAAAGGAAGCGGAAACCGUCCCAAUCCGUGUCCGCCAAUUUAACUACCCCAGCAUUGUCGGACUGACCAGAUGCUGUCGUUUGAUGUAUGCCUCCUAAACUGGACUCUCUAAAACAAAUUCAUUUUAAAAUAUUCAAUUUAUCAUUUCUCACAAUCGAUUUUUGUGUGUUUUACUUUACAUUUGAUUGUUUGUUUCCUGCACAUCUUGUUUUGAUUCUUUAAUAAUCACAAUAUGUCUACGUCACUGUCAACAACCAUUUAUUGAUUCUAGUUAAUAUCAGACAGUAUGAUACAGUUAUUUGACUUAAAGGAAAUAAGCUAAACAGAGUAGGAUAUGUCCGAUAAAGCGAUACAUUUAAGUUAGGCAUAUUGUUAUAUGUUGACUAGAUUUAAUUUUAAAACAAAAUCUUUUUAAAAGUGUCUUGUCAUGCUAAAUGGUUUUCUCUAUGGAAUAAACAGUGGAACAAGACACUUUCAAUACGAUUCAUCAUUUAAUUAACAAAAUAUAAAGAAAAUAAUAAUAAUAAAACUCCUUAUGACAUAGAUAUAUGAAAAAUUAUUUCAAGCAGUGGAAGGGAGAUGGGGGGGGGGGCGGUACGCUAUGGCAACGCCGACCUCUAGGUUGUGCGACUGUGCACUCGCACAGGGCGCCGUGGCCAUAGGGGUGCCUGGGGCGCCAAGUAAAUAUUUAAAUUCCCUUAGUAAAUUAUAGUGAGGUGGAAACCUUGGGUCCAGGGUUGCGAAACCCUGUUCUAACUUUUCGUACACG